AUGGCUACUUCCCAGAAUCGCAUGCGUUUCGCCUGCCAGGGCUCUUGCCUACCGCCCAUCGCAAUGGAGAACCUUGGUGUGGUAAUCCUCACUGGAAUCCGUCACAACUUGGUCUGUCUUGGAACCUACAAGAAGAUGGAGGCCAAUGUUGUGAAAGUCAAGACUUGCAGUGGCUCAGAGGGAGCAAGCAACACCAGCAAGUGGAGUGGAUUCUUUCUUAUGGGCCUUACUGAUGACCCUCAACUUCAGCCUAUCCUCUUUGUCCUCUUCUUCUUCGUGUAUGCCUUCACAGUGGUGGGAAAUCUUGGCCUCCUUUCCCUCAUCACGGUCAGCCCCAAACUCCACACUCCUAUGUAUUACUUCCUCAAAAACUUGUCCUUUCUUGACUUCUGUUAUUCUUCGGUCACAGUCCCCAAAAUGUUGAUGGGGUUCUCUGAGUGCCAAAGCAUCUCCUUCUCUGGCUGUCUGGUACAGAAUGCUUUGUUUGUGGUCUUUGUUGUCACUGAGUUCUUCCUCCUGGCCUCCAUGGCCUAUGACCGCUAUGUGGCUGUCUGCAACCCUCUGCUCUACCAUACUACCAUGUCCUCAAGACUCUGCCUGCAGCUAGUGGCUGCCAGCUAUGCAGUGGGCCUAUUGGAGAUGGUGUUUCUCACGAGCACGAUUUUUCAUCUGAUCUUCUGUAAGUCCCAUAUUAUCGCUCACUACUUCUGUGAUAUCCAACCCCUUUUAAAACUCUCUUGCUCUGACACACAGAUAGUCCAAUUUAUCCUCUAUGCUUGUAGUAGCUUUAAUGUGUCUGUAUCUUUGACAGUCAUCCUGGUCUCCUACACAUAUGUCUUCCUGGCUAUUUUCAGAAUCCCCUCUUCCAAAGGCAAACACAAAACAUUCUCCACUUGUGCUUCCCACCUGACUGCUGUCAGUCUGUACUAUGGAACCACAGUGUUUGUCUACAUGCGUCCAUCCACUGAGUACACACUAGGUAAGGACAGUCUGGUUUCGGUAUUUUACACGGUGGUCAUCCCCAUGCUCAACCCAGUUAUCUACAGUCUUAGGAACAAGGAUGUGAAGGAAACAUUUGGAAACAUCUUCAAGAGGACCUCACAAUUCUCUAUCCUCAUACCCAGAUUUUCAUGA